CGUCAUCGAUCUAGAAUGAUCAGACUAAACCAAAUCCAAACCAAACACAAACCCAAACCCAAACCCAGAUUCUGUUCUUCAAAAGAAAAAUCGGUCGCCGACCAGGAACUCUUGUCCCGAGCUCACUUCUCCGGCGACGGUGCCCCGGUGGUGUUAUCGGAAUCAGACAAGUCGAGAGUAGGAGGAGGAGAAGAAGAGAAAAUCUUCUUUCGUUGUUCUUAUCACAGGAAGAUGGCUCAUCUUAAUGCAUUCCUCGCAGUAGCUGCAAUUGUUGCCCUGAUAUCCGCUUUUCUCCCGCUAGCUUAUUCUGCACCUUUCAUCGUUUUGCAUGGAAUUGGCGAUAAAUGCAGUAAUCGAGGAGUGACUCAGUUUACAGAUCUUUUAAGUGACUGGUCUGGUUCUCAAGGAUAUUGCUUGGAAAUUGGAAAUGGAUCAUGGGACUCAUGGACUAUGCCCCUUAUCGAUCAGACGGCCGUUGCUUGUGAGAAGGUGAAGAAUAUGCCUGAGCUUAGCGAGGGUUACAGCAUUGUUGGUCUUUCUCAGGGUAACAUGAUUGGUCGAGGCCUUAUAGAGUUGUGCGAUGGAGGACCUCCGGUUAAGAAUUUCGUAUCAGUGGCUGGCCCCCAUGCCGGUACUGCUUCAAUCCCGUUCUGUGGGUCAUCCUGGGUUUGCAUCAUGCUUGACAGUCUGAUCAAAACAGAAAUCUACAGUGAAUACAUUCAGGAACACCUUGCUCCUAGUGGCUUUCUCAAAAUCCCGACGGACGUAGCAAACUACAUGGAAGGUUGUAGGUUUCUUCCAAAACUGAACAACGAACUUCCCGUGAAAAAUUCAACAUAUAAGGAGAGGUUUUUGAGCUUGGACAACCUCGUACUCAUUAUGUUUGACCACGAUACUAUUCUCAUACCCAAGGAGACUUCAUGGUUUGGGUAUUAUCCUGAUGGGUCAUUUCAGACUGUUCUUCCACCGCAGAAGACAAAGCUUUAUACCGAAGACUGGAUCGGUUUGAGAAUGUUGGAUGAAGCAGGGAAGGUCAAGUUCAUAAACGUGCCUGGGAAUCAUCUUCAGAUUUCACAUAGCGAUAUGAAGAAGUAUAUAGUGCCGUAUUUGGGUGACAGAACAUCCUCCACAGGUUCAGUGUCCGAAUCUCUCUCUCACGAAUGGCUCUCGAGAGUUGGAGACUUCUUCACGGAUCUGAUUGGCCUCAGAGAUUAUCAGGUUGGGCUCAUGUUGCGUAAUGUGUGAUUGAGGUUGUUUGUUUGUUACUUGCCUUACACGCUACGUUAUGAUCGCUUUGGAGAAAACCCUUUGAACGCUUCCCCCCCCCCCCUCUUGGGGCGUGUUUUGUCGUUCAA